AUGGUUAUGAAACCCGAAGUUGAGCAAGAGUUAGCUCAUGUGCUAUUAACUGAACUGUUAUCUUACCAGUUUGCAUCUCCUGUUAGAUGGAUUGAAACUCAAGAUGUUUUGUUAAAAGAUUUCAACACUGAAAGAGUUGUUGAAAUUGGUCCUUCUCCAACCUUAGCUGGUAUGGCUCAAAGAACUUUGAAAAACAAAUAUGAGUCUUAUGAUGCUGCUUUAUCUCUACAAAGACAAAUCCUAUGUUACAGCAAGGAUCCAAAGGAAAUCUACUAUACCCUAGAUGCUGCUGAAUUAGCUGCCAAACAAGAAGCAGAAGCUGCUUCUCAAGCUACACCUUCAGCUCCAGCUGCAGCUACUCCGGCAGCUACUCCGGCAGCUACUGCUGCUCCAGCUGCUGCUCCAGCCGCUGCCGCUCCAGCAGGCCCUGUCUCUGAAGUCGCUGAUGAACCAAUUAAGGCAGGUUUAGUCUUACAUGUCUUGGUUGCUCAUAAAUUGAAGAAAUCACUAGAAUCUAUCUCCAUGUCUAAGACAAUUAAAGAUUUGGUUAAUGGUAAAUCUACUGUUCAAAAUGAAAUCUUAGGUGAUUUGGGUAAGGAAUUUGGUAAUACACCAGAAAAACCAGAAGAAACUCCAUUAGAAGAAUUAUCUGAAACAUUCCAAGACACUUUCAGUGGUCAAUUGGGUAAGCAAUCCUCUUCAUUAAUCUCAAGAAUGAUUUCAUCCAAAAUGCCAGGUGGUUUCACUAUAACUGUUGCUAGAAAAUAUUUACAAACACGCUGGGGUUUACCAACUGGUAGACAAGACGGUGUUUUAUUAGUUGCUUUAGCAAACGAACCAGCUGCUCGUUUAGGUGCUGAACCAGAUGCUAAGUCCUUUUUGGACUCCAUGGCUCAAAAAUACGCCUCAAUUGUUGGCUUAGAUUUAUCUGCCUCGUCUGCUAGUGCUGGUGCUGGUGCUGGUGCAGCUACUGGUGGUGCCACCAUUGAUGCUGCAGCUUUUGAUGCCUUAACUAAGGAUUCAAAAGUUUUGGCUCGUCAACAAUUACAAGUCUUGGCUCGUUAUUUGAAGAUGGACUUGAAUAAUGGUGAAAGAAAAUACUUGAAAGAAAAAGAUACCGUUAAAGAGUUACAAGAUCAAUUAGAUAUAUUGACUGCUGAACUAGGUGACUUUUUUGUCAAUGGUGUUACUUCUAGUUUCUCUAGAAAGAAGGCUAGAGUUUUUGAUUCUUCAUGGAAUUGGGCUAAACAAUCCCUAUUAUCAUUAUAUUUCGAAAUUAUUCAUGGUGUCUUGAAAAAUGUUGAUAGAGAAGUUGUUGCUGAAGCUAUCAAUAUUAUGAAUAGAUCUAAUGCCAGUUUGAUUAAAUUUAUGGAAUAUCACGUCUCAAAUACUGAUACUUCAAAAGGUGAAAACUACCAAUUGGUUAAAACUUUAGGUGAACAAUUGAUUGAAAAUUGUAAACAAGUUAUUGAUAUCGAUCCUGUUUAUAGAGAUAUCUCCAAACCAACAGGUCCAAAGACAGUUAUUGAUAAGAAUGGUAAUAUUCAAUAUUCUGAAGAACCAAGAGAAAAAGUUAGAAAAUUAUCACAAUACGUCCAAGAAAUGGCUCUUGGUGGUCCAUUAACAAAGGAUACCUCGUCUACUUCCAUUAAAGAUGAUUUAACUCUUGUUUAUAACGCUAUUAGCCAACAAGCUAACGAUCAAGGCUUUUCACCUUCCACUCAAGCGGAAUUUGAAAAAUUAUAUGGCGAAUUAAUGGAAUUCUUGAAGAAUUCUGCCGAAAUUGAUGCUUCCGCAAGCACAAAGAUUGCUGGUGUUAUUGAUGAUGAUUUGGAUAAGGAUUCUACCAAAGAAGUCGCUUCCUUACCAACUAUUUCUAAAAUUUCUCAAAAUGUUUCAUCUACUAUUCCAAAGAGCACCGUUCCAUUCUUACAUUUGAGAAAACAAUUACCUUUAGGUGAAUGGAAAUACGAUCGUCAAUUAUCAUCUCUAUUUUUGGAUGGUUUAGAAAAAGCUGCCUUAAAUGGUAUUACAUUUACUGAUAAAUAUGUAUUAAUUACCGGUGCUGGUCGUGGUUCAAUCGGUUCUGAAGUCUUGCAGGGUUUAUUACAAGGUGGUGCCAAGGUUAUUGUUACUACAUCUCGUUUCUCUAAACAAGUUACUGAUUACUAUCAAUCCCUUUAUGCCAAAUACGGUGCAAGAGGUUCUACUUUAAUGGUUGUUCCUUUCAACCAAGGUUCUAAACAAGAUGUCGAAGCCUUAAUUGAAUACAUUUAUGAUGAUGUUAAGAAUGGCGGUUUAGGCUGGGAUUUGGAUGCCAUUAUCCCAUUUGCUGCUAUUCCAGAAAAUGGUAUUGAAUUAGAAAAUAUUGAUUCCAAAUCUGAAUUUGCUCAUAGAAUCAUGUUAACUAACAUUUUAAGAAUGAUGGGUUGUGUUAAGAAACAAAAAUCUGCUAGAGGUAUUGAAACUAGACCUGCUCAAGUGAUCUUACCAAUGUCACCAAACCAUGGUACUUUUGGUGGUGACGGUAUGUAUUCUGAAUCCAAACUUUCUUUGGAAACUUUAUUCAACAAAUGGCAUUCUGAAUCAUGGGCUAGUCAAUUGACUGUCUGUGGUGCUAUUAUUGGUUGGACCAGAGGUACUGGUUUGAUGAGUGCUAACAAUAUUAUUGCUGAAGGUAUUGAAAAAGCAGGUGUUAGAACUUUCUCUCAAAAGGAAAUGGCUUUCAAUUUAUUAGGUUUAUUAACACCAGAUGUUGUUGAUUUAUGCCAAAAAUCCCCAGUUAUGGCUGAUUUGAAUGGUGGUUUACAAUACUUACCUGAUUUGAAAGAAUUUACUGUUAAAUUGCGUCGUGAAUUGACUGAAACUUCUGAAGUUAGAAAGGCAGUUUCUAUUGAAACUGCUUUGGAACACAAGGCUAUCAAUGGUGACAAAGCUGAUGCUGCUUAUACUCAAGUAGAAAUUCAACCAAGAGCCAAUAUUCAAAUGAACUUCCCUAAAUUAAAACCAUAUUCUGAAGUUAAGAAGAACGUCUCUAAAGAUUUGGAAGGUUUAUUAGAUUUAGAAAGAGUUAUCGUUGUCACUGGUUUCUCUGAAGUUGGUCCAUGGGGUAAUUCUAGAACUAGAUGGGAAAUGGAAGCCUUUGGUGAAUUUUCCUUGGAAGGUUGUGUUGAAAUGGCUUGGAUGAUGGGUUUAAUCAAAUACCAUAACGGUAACAUCAAGGGUAAAUUGUAUACCGGUUGGGUUGAUGCUAAGACUAAUCAACCAAUCGAUGAUAAGGCUAUUAAGACCAAAUAUGAAGCUCAAAUUUUGGAACACAGUGGUAUCAGAUUAAUUGAACCUGAAUUAUUUAAUGGUUACAACCCUGAAAAGAAAAACAUGAUUCAAGAAAUCAUUGUGGAAGAAGAUUUAGAACCUUUUGAAACAUCUAAGGAAACUGCUGAACAAUUUAAACUUGAACAUGGUGAUAAAGUUGAUGUCUUUGAAAUUGCUGAGACUGGUGAAUUUUCUGUUAAAUUAUUAAAGGGUGCUACUUUAUACAUUCCAAAGGCUUUAAGAUUCGAUCGUUUGGUUGCAGGUCAAAUUCCAACUGGUUGGAAUGCCAAGACCUAUGGUAUUUCUGAUGAUAUUAUUUCUCAAGUGGAUCCAAUUACCUUAUUUGUUUUGGUGACAGUAGUGGAAACUUUUAUUUCAUCUGGUAUUACUGAUCCAUAUGAAAUGUAUAAAUAUGUUCAUGUUUCAGAAGUUGGUAAUUGUUCUGGUUCUGGUAUGGGUGGUGUUUCUGCCCUACGUGGUAUGUUUAAAGAUAGAUACCAAGAUCAACCUGUUCAAAAUGAUAUCUUACAAGAAUCUUUUAUUAAUACCAUGUCAGCUUGGGUUAAUAUGUUAUUAAUUUCAUCAAGUGGUCCAAUCAAGACUCCAGUUGGUGCAUGUGCCACUUCUGUGGAAUCUCUUGAUAUUGGUGUGGAAACUAUUUUGAGUGGUAAAGCUAAGAUUUGUAUUGUUGGUGGUUAUGAUGAUUUCCAAGAAGAAGGUUCAUAUGAAUUUGCCAAUAUGAAAGCCACUUCCAAUACUUUGGAAGAAUUUGAAAAAGGUCGUACACCAGCUGAAAUGUCUAGACCAGCCACCACGUCUCGUAAUGGGUUUAUGGAAUCUCAAGGUGCAGGUCUUCAAAUCAUAAUGCCUGCGGAAUUAGCUUUACAAAUGGGUGUUCCAAUUUAUGGUGUUGUUGGUAUGACUGCUACUGCAACUGAUAAGACUGGUAGAUCAGUUCCAGCUCCAGGUAAAGGUAUUUUGACUACUGCUAGAGAAUACCAUGGGGAUUUGAAAUUUGGUAACCGUAUCAUGGAUAUUUCAUACCGUAAGAAACAAGUGUUGCGUAGACAACGCUCUAUUGAAGAAUGGAUGAGUGAGGAAUUAAUGGAAUUACAAGAAGAAAGUAAAACAAUUGAAGAUCCAGUGGAAAGAGUUGAAUUUAUCAAGGAAAGAACUGAAUUAAUCAAGAAGGAAGGUGAUAAAGAAUUGAGAGUUGCUCAAAACCAAUGGGGUAAUGAAUUCUUUAAAGGUGACAAGAGAAUUGCACCUAUCCGUGGUGCCUUGGCUGCAUUUGAUUUAACUAUUGAUGAUAUUGGUGUUGCAUCUUUCCAUGGUACUUCAACAGAUGCUAAUGAUAAGAAUGAAAGUGCUACAAUUAACAGUAUGAUGAAACAUCUUGGUAGAUCUGAAGGUAACCCAGUUAUUGGUGUUUUCCAAAAAUACUUGACUGGUCACCCCAAGGGUGCAGCUGGUUCUUGGAUGUUGAAUGGUGCGUUACAAAUCUUGAACAGUGGUAUUGUCCCUGGUAACAAGAAUGCUGAUAAUAUCGACAAGAUCUUGGAACAAUUUGAAUAUGUUUUAUUCCCAAGUAAAUCGAUGUUGAGUGAUGGUAUUAAAGCUGUCAGUGUUACAUCUUUUGGGUUUGGUCAAAAAGGUGCUCAAGCUAUUGUUAUCCAUCCGGAUUAUGUUCUUGGUGCUAUUAAUGAAGAAAGAUACAAUGAUUAUUGUAAGAGAGUGGAAAUUAGAGAAAGGCAAGCGUAUCAAUUUUUCCAUCAUGGUAUGUUGUAUAAUAAAUUAUUUAUUAGCAAGGAACAUGCACCAUACAGUGAUGAAUUGGAACAAGAUGUUUAUUUGGACCCUACUGUACGUGUUGUGGAGGCCACUAAGAAGGAAAAGAUUGAUAAUACUUUGAUUUUCCAAAAGAAGGACAUCCAGGCACGUGGAAACUAUUUUGGCAGUGGUGAAGGAAAUGGAGUAAGAACCAUGUUGGAAGGUAUUUUAGGUAACGAGGAAGGAGACAAAAAGAAGGCCUUACAUAAUGUCGGGAUAGAUGUUGAAUUGUUGAAUGGUAUCAACAUUACCAAUGAGACAUUUAUUGAACGUAAUUAUACUGCGAAGGAAAUUUCUUAUUGUGAAAAUGUCAGUAGUGACAAACGAAGUUCGUACACAGGAAUCUGGUGUGCCAAAGAGGCUGUUUUCAAAUCAUUAGGUGUUAUGAGUCGUGGGGGUGGUGCUGCGAUGAAAGAUAUUGAAAUUGUUCGUGAGGGACAAGGCAAGGGACCUGAAGUUGUGUUGCAUGGAAAAGCCAAGAUUGCAGCUGAGAAGGCUGGUGUUAAGCAAGUGAAGGUAUCUAUAUCUCACGACGAUGUUCAAGCGGUGGCUGUUGCAGUGAGCGAGGGCAAUUAG